UACUCAAACUUUUAUACUUGAAUACAACAAAUGAAAUCAACAUUUAACUUUUAAAUUCAUGAAAUAAAUCAUGAAUAAAUUAUUUUUUAAUUUAAUUAACUAAGGCGACAUCAUUUUAUUUAUAGGUCGAAAAUCGAUCAUGUCGUUCAUAUCAGUGGUAUUCACGCCGGUUUCAUGACCAGUAUCGAUUAGACCAGGUUCAACUUGCCGGCAUUCCAUGGGCAUGACAACCAUGGGAAAUAUCAUGGUCUACCAUAGGGUGCAUAAUUAGAUAUGACAAAUUGGUUUUGAGGAGGGUUUGGGAAAACGUACCGUACUGGCAGUUCGAUUGAAAAUCCUCUAUUUGGAGUCUAAACAGGUAGGCGGUAGUUAGAGGUAUUAAAUGGUUGAACCACGAUUUCAACAUAAAAUACUCUAUCACUAACUUUUCAUGUACAACUCGUAGUACGAUUUUACAAUCUUUGGUUUUGAGUGGAAUAAGAUAAACAGGGUGAGACUAAAAGAUUUUUGGUUAUUUUCCUAAGUUUUUAAUUGAAUUUUAUUUUCAUUGUUUUAAUCUGAAUUUUAAAGAAGUUGCACAUAUGAAAUGAGUUAAAUUCACUGUGACCUACAAAAUUAUAUUCAUUUUUUUUUUAUCUAUUUCAAGAAAUAUUUCGUACCACCUUUACACCACUUUGUACCAUCUUCAUUUUUUACUCAAACUUUAAAAAAUAUUGCACAGAAAGAAAGGUUUCAUCGCGAUCUAUUGUGACCUACAAAUUUUUACAAAAUUAAUUCAGGAUAAAAUAUUAUCAUACACCACCUUGUUAGAUGAUGGUAACUGAUGGUAGAAAUAGAUCAAUGCAGUCAUAAGCGUGAUUUUAUGUAAAUGCCAUGUCAAUGCUUGGAGAGAAACAAUGUACUUUCCUUAUAAAAACCUAAAUUAUACCUAUCAAUAUGUAUAACACAUGUCAAUGACAACCCAUUACAGAAAGUAUUCAAAUAAACAACCAUUAUAGCUUAGUACCUAAACUAUCUAGUCAUCAAUCUUUAGUCCUUCAAUGACUCCUCGCAUGUUGAAGCGUGAAUGUCCAUACGUUUUAGCUUGAAAAUCAAACCUGAAAACACAAAACUUUUGAUAAAGAAUGUGAAAAGUGAAAACAUAGCUAGUGAUAUCUGGCCGGUGACCUUGAUGGGUUCUGAGUUGUAUGCGUAAACGCCCAUUUGUAACAUAUGGGCUAUAUAUAAGGGUAGUCCGAUAAAGGGUACAGUCUAUAGACCACAAUUCGUUAUUUCAGAUUGUUCCGAAGUUGGGCCAGGCCACGGUUCUAGACAACAACACCAUUUGAUCCAUGCCAGUCUUUUUUUCCCCCAUUAUUUAUCCAUGUCAGUCAGACUCACAGUCACAGAAAGCGACUUUCCAGUUUCCCGUUAGGCGGCCAUCAUCGUCUCUGUUCCCUUCCUCAUCGUCUCAAAUUCACAUGCCCCUACCUGGCCCCUUCUUUUCUGGUGAGGAGACACAUUGCGAAUCACAAUAAUGGCCGUCCGCAGAGGUUUUGGCUUUAAUGAUUUGAUUCCAUUCUACUAAGAGAAACCCAUCCUCAUCCUUACCCAACAACCAAAUCCAGCUUCAUUUGCUUCUUCUUACCCAAAAAAUCAAACCCAGUUAAACUGUGUGGGAGGAAGCAGAGAGUGUUAUUGGGUUGUUUCCUUUCCUGCAGCUGAGCCUGGAAGUACUACUCUACUGCUCAAUGGCCAAGGCACUAACUAGCCUUUACGAAAAAACGACCUAAAGUUCUUCACUUUUUUAGUUUUUCCUAGUCAACUAAUUUCUUAAGUAUAGGUCGAUUGGGUAAAGCAUCCUACUUUAGAGAACACAAUGACAAUUGAAGCCUAUACUAGCCAAAUUCAUAAAACAAGCAAAUAGUGUGUUUGUGAUCACCAAAAUAAUAACAAAUCACUUGUUAUUAUGCAGUGGCGUAGCCAGACUUUUAUGAAAUUGGGAUCCUUAAAAAUUUACUAAUACUAAAACAUAUGUAUCUAAUGAACUUUGAAUUGAUUGGGUCCUUAGAUAACUAACAUCAACGAGAGUAUGAGGUACUAAACAUGAAGAAUCAUACUAAACCCUACGGUUUUAAAGAAUUUUAUUGUCCAAUUAUUUACCAAGUGGGGUCCUAGGACCCCACUCCUCACCACCUCCCUCCGCCACGGUUCUGAUGGCCAACGCGAUGGUUUUAUCGCACCCGAUGGGGAGGGCUAUCCUGUAAUAUGUUUUGGUACUUCGAUCAUCAGUUUAGCGUGCUACGUUUCCUUUCCCACCUCGUAAGUAUAACAUGUAUGUACAUUUCAUUGCAAUAAAGGCCUUUAUAUCGUUGGGUCGUACACUUGUGUACCAGUUUUUUCUUCUUCUUGCAAUGUUCUUGUAUAUUUUCGUAUCUACGGUUGUUUCCCCGUAUGAUACCUAGGGGAAAAAACAACAAAUGACUUCCAGAUCUCGAAUCCAAGACUAUCUGCACCUGCAUCUUUAUCAUUUUCACCACAUUUUAAUGACCCUUUGUCCAACUUCUCAUUCCUAUCUCGCCCAUUUCUCGAAUUGAUCACCCACAAUGCUCUUCCGGGUCAACUCUACUCAUCAUCAAUAUGCUUGAUGGAAUGAUGGGCAGCAGUAGAAAUGACCUCAUUUACCUGCCUUUUCCCCUUGUUACCAUAAUCAAUCAAUCCCACCAAAAGGAAAUAAAAUGGGAGUAAAUUGGAAAACCUCCAUCUCUAUCUCGGAUACCUGCAAUCCAUGGCUCGGCCGCAGGAAGAGGAAGGGUGGCCACUGCGGUCACAGUUGCAGCCCCUGAAUGCGAGAGUCGUCACAGGGUCGGUCUCCUUCAACACUUUUCUCACUGCUUCCCCCACCUGCUCUGAAUCAGAUUCCUCUUCUGGUCUUGACACUGAGUCCACAGGGUCUUUCUUCCAUGAUAAGAGCAUCACAUUGGGUAGCCUCAUUGGGGCUUCCAGCAUAUUAGAACUGUCCAGGAAAUCGACGAGGGGAAAGAAGAAGAUCAAGGAACCAGUGAAGGAGAAGAAGGGUUGCGGAUCGAAACCAUGGUUAUUCUCCUUGUGUGCAAAAGACCCUGCUCGACGCUUGAACAGCAAUGCAGGCAGUGGUCCAUCUCUGGGCCAUUUUCUUGCAGUGGAGAGAAGAUCUCACUGGACGCAGCAGAGAUUAAAGCCCGAGAAUGCUCUACCAUAGUAUCUGUUUAUGUGCCCCUAAUGAGCUAGUUCUUUGUGUGUCAUCACUGAGUUCUGAAAGUGCCAAAUUCAGCCAUUUUAAAUGGCUUUCUUGUGUGUGUCAUCAAAUGAAACCCUCUUAGCUCCUUCCAACUAGCUCAUUGGAUUUUCCUGCUGUUGUUUCCUGUCUGGUGUGCUUUCUUCCCCAGUUCACUGUCAAUGUAUUUUGUGCAUGAAUUCCCCAGUUCACUGUCACUGUCAAUGCAUUUAGGAUCACAUCUGACAUUUCAGAAACGUAAUUCGCGUUUUUCCAUCACACAGGCCACAAUGAUCAAUCCAUCAUCAGAUUGAUGGAUGAGGACGCACCCACGGUGGUUACCAUUCAAUACCAAUCCCACCACGAUGCCGUCUCACUAAAGCUUAGAAGAAGUGUUUAAUCCUUUGCAUAUACUGUUCACAUUCAUCAAACCACACAUUCAACAAUCAAAAGGAGACAGGCAACUAACUCACAGAUCUGACAAAUGGUGCCACCCUGCGUUCAUCAUAGACAUGGAAGAAAAGUUUAGUAUUGAGGGCCUCCAGCCGAGUUAAACCGAGGAGGUUCGCUUUAGGUCUCAAGCCAAGUCAAGGUUCCCAUCACCAAAUACUUGCUCGGUAGUUCACCCGCAGUCGGUGACAGGUAUGUCAUUUUCCUUCUGCAACAUGUUUGUACAUACCACUUCAGAUAUAUAGGCAUAAUCCAGAACUUUGGAUAACAGAGGUUUCAAGUAGUAGAAAGCAGAUAAAGCUCUCACCUCUGAAGAUCAAUGCCAGUCACGUAGAUGAACCCAGCAACAUUACUGUGAACCAAAACAAUUAAGUACAGUACCUCUGAAACCCAACGCUGACUAGGAUUUCUGUUAAAUACUAACGGUCAAUGCUGGUCAACACUAACGGAAAAAUAGUUCAGGACACAGAUGGAAUAUUGGAAACAAUAGGACACAAGUGACAUUUUUCGGAUAGUUCGGGUGAUGUAGUGGUAUUAGCCCUAAAAUAAAAAAUCAAUUAAAAUGUAAUUCAAUGUAGCGUAAGUGUGUACCACAUUUCAUUUUCAUUCAAAAUAAGAUCUUUCUACCAAAAAAAAAAAAAUAAGAUCUACACUAAUACCAUGACAUGUUUAAUAUAAAAUUAGAAACAAAGUAACAAAUUUUUUUCAGUAAUUAACAAACUAACAAAUUAAUAAUGCAUCUCAAGUCAAUAUUAUGUAACUCAUUCUAAUUUCAUAAUUUAAAAAUAAAUACCUAAGAACUCGGUUUAAUAUCACAAAUUACAGACAUUUUUAGAAGCAACUAUUUAAUAGGGUAUUUAAUUAAAAGACUAAAAUUUGCUAAGAGUAGGUUUCAAACCCAAGACUUAGAAAGAAUAAGUAAACACUGCAUCCGCUGGACUGCCAAGUAUUAUUGUGUUAGUUUGGUGCACUGUAACAUAUUUAAUUGUUCUUCAGUUUAUACGAAAAUCUCAAAAUGCUAGGAAUGUUUACACGUAACUUUCGAAAUUCUCGGGGGGUCGGGCCCCCCCGAGAGCCUACCUAGCUCCGCCCCUGGUUUGGUUGCCCAUGGUACUUUGAUGGAGACCUAUUGAUUUUUGUUGAAGCUGGCCUCAAUCGAAAGAUAAAGCUCGAUGAUUUGUUUGAGGUUGAAAUAUGGGUAUGAGUCCUGGAUAUACCUCCAGCCGACCGCAAUCAUGGGAUGGCAACAAAGGUAGCAAGCAGAUUUGGAAGAUUCUUACUAUUCAAUGAGUGGAACUCGGGGAUCUGGAGCUCCUUUAUGAGAUUUCGUGUGGCAAAAGACAUAAACAAACCAAUAAGGAAGACGAUCAAGCUUGAGAUAGAAGGGAAGACUCAAGUUUUUGAAGCAAAGUAUGAAGGCUUCCAACUUUUUGCUUCUACUGUGGGAUCAUUGGGCACCCAAAGAGACUGUGUAAGAUACACGAUCCCUCAAAAGAAGAUGCUUAUGGGCACUGGAUAAAAGCAGGGCCCCUUCCUAAGGGACCACGAAUGUCAAAACAAGAUAGAGACCAGGAAUCUAAACUGUGGAUGUCCCUUCAAAAGGAAUUUGGAACUAUGUCAGCAGGUUCUCAACAAAUUUCCACAACAGUG